AUGUCGUCUUCUUCGCAGGUCACCGAGUCGUGGAUCGCGUCCUUUUGCGGGCUUUUGGGCCACGAAUACUUCGCUGAGGUGUCAGAAGACUUCAUCGAAGAUGAUUUCAACCUGACAGGCCUGCAAUCGCAGGUGCCCAUGUACAAGGAGGCCUUGGAGAUGAUACUGGACGUGGAGCCGGAGGACGAUGAGGAUGAGGAAGAGGAAGAGGAAGAAGAGGACGAAGAAGACGAGAUACUAGGUGAUGAGAGAGCACCGGGCUACCGAAGGGCAGGCGACCGCAGACAUCUCCGCAUAGCAUCUGAUCUCAGCGUGAUAGAGAGCUCCGCUGAGCUGCUCUACGGACUCAUACAUCAGCGCUACAUCACCUCACGACCAGGUAUACAGCAGAUGGCUGAAAAGUACGAGCUCCAGCACUUUGGUACCUGCCCGCGCGUAAACUGCAACUCCUGCAAAGUCCUCCCCGUCGGCCUCAACGACAGCCCUGGCCACGAGACAGUCAAGCUGUUCUGCCCUUCCUGCUUAGACGUAUAUACCCCGCCCAACUCGCGCUUCCAGACCGUCGACGGUGCUUUCUUCGGCACGACUUUCCCUUCGCUCUUCUUCAUGACCUUCACGGACCUCGACAUUGGCGGUGGGCUGCGCAACAACACGUCGAACACUAUCGAUGCACUACAACAAUUACAAUCGCAAAGCGCAGAUGGCAAGUCGCGGAAUACCACACCUUCAAAUGUCACUUCCAUAAACGGCGUCGCACCGCACAACCUUGCACCUGGCCUCGGUACAGGCAGCAUCUACGAACCACGCAUCUACGGCUUCCGAGUCAGCGAGCGCGCACGAUCAGGGCCUCGAAUGAAGUGGUUACGGAUGCGGCCUACAGACGUUACUGAGCUCGACGAAACGAGAAGAUACUGGGAAGAACAUGACGAGGAUGCAGACCGGCCAGAUGACGAUGACCUUAACAUGGUCGAUGUAGCAGAAGGUGGCAAGGGUGCGCCAGUAGACCGAAGAAAGAAAGCUAUCCGCACACGACGACGGCCGACAAACGGAUCCAACGUUGGCGGGGGCAGCCCCAUGGACACCAACGGUGUCGGAGCAGCUGCGGGCUAG